UUCUGGUCGGUCCGGGUUGGUCAGUUGGUCCCUCGUGCUCAGUGAGCGGUUUGAUUUUGUCCCGGGUCUGUGCAAAGGUAUCAAGAUUCAUUUCCCGCUAAUGUCCUACGGCAGCGAGACGCCGCACGUUUGGAGCAGCUCAGCAGGCAGCGAGGUGUCCCCGUACGGUCCGUUGUGGGACGCGCCGCCGGCACCCGUGCCGUAUCCGGACAUCCUGGCGUUCCCGCCGGCCGACCUGGUGUGGUCGGCGGCUGGGUGCGGCAGCCGGGCCGGAGCCCGCGUCCCCUCCGGCGGCAAGAAGCCUCGACGGCGAGUAGCUUCCGUGGCCCAGCGUCGCGCCGCCAACAUUCGCGAGCGACGCCGCAUGUUCAAUCUCAAUGAAGCCUUCGAUAAAUUGCGUAGGAAGGUACCAACCUUCGCGUACGAGAAGCGCCUUUCCCGCAUCGAGACCCUGAGGCUGGCCAUCACCUACAUCAGCUUCAUGUGUGAACUGCUGCACGGUUCACCACAACCCCAUCACACCGCCCAUGGCAUACACCCGUCACGCCACGUGUUCGAUGGUGAAGUGCCGUGGUGCGCUUAGUGGAAGUUCUAGAAAUAUGGUAAACGGUUUUGGUAAAUGGCAAAUGAAGGAAAGAAGUGUUAUAUUCUAUAUAGUCAGUUCAAGUAUUUUGAGUUUCUGAGGUUUUAAAUAUUGAAUAUUUGAAAGUGACAUUUUCUUUUGCAAUUUAUGUAUCAAGAUUCAAGAUACUUUACUUCAAUAUAUCAUUAUUAUUUUGCAUUAUAUCGAAUACAUUUCAUCAUCAUCAUCAUCAGCCUAUCGCAGUCCACUGCUGGACAUAGGCCUCUCCAAGUGCACGCCACUGAGAUCGAUUUUCAGCUUCUCGCAUCCAGCUCCUGCCAGCCGUCUUGCGCAAGUCAUCACUCCAUCGAAUACAUUUAUUGAGUCCUUAUGCAAGUCGUGGAAUUGGCUGGGUUUCAAAUAAUAACUGACAUCGAACCCUGCAUUAUGCCUUGAAUGAUCACUUUUCUUCGUUGAAGAUAUUAGUGCAGUUUUGAGAAACUACGACUAAAUAAGUUCAAUUUGGAAAGCAGGUGCCUAGAUAGGAUGUGACAAAAAACUCGUAUUACCUAAAUACCCCUUUUUUGGUUUGUACUUUAGAGCUAGUAUUUCUAAUUUAUCUGAAGAAUAAUAUGACAAGAAUUUCGGGUCUACGUCUGUAUCAAAAAUGCAAAAAU